GCACGCUCGUGUAAUAGAAUUGUCCGUAUAAAUAGGCGCGGACUACACCAAGGAAGUCAUUCCGCUCGGCGACUACGUCCUUCAGGAACUGUGUCGCGCGGCCUUCAAAGCAAGCAUGGCUGACGACUUGGCGAGUCACGAUGAAGAAUCUAUCGUGAAAUUUGUGAAAAAAGAGAUUGACUCAAACAGUCAAUUCCUGCAGUACUUGGAGAUACUCAUCGAGAGACUUCGCUCUGCAGAAAAUGAACCACCAGCUAGGCGCCUCAUGGCGCAUGUUGGUUCUGGAGACGGUGCACCGCUGGAGGUGACGCAGCUGGAUUACCAUAUGCGCCAGAACACGCGUCUUCAUCACACGGACAUGUUCAUGUUGACUCAAAGCAAUGACGCGACUUUGGUGGUACGACGUGGUUGUCCCGUUACAUUCAGCGUGCAGUUCGACAGGGAUUACGACGGAUCUGUGGACCAGGUUGUCCUCAUUCUCAGUACCGGUCUGGAACCGAAAGAAGAGGACCACAGUCUGGUGAAGCUGGAGGUACCUCAGGUGAAGGGAUCCUUUUACGCUACCGACAACUCUCCCUGGAGCAUAUGCCUUGUACUUACCGAAAAGAAGAGCCUCACCGUCAAAGUGAUGCUCCCACCAGGGGCAGCCGUGGGGUUGUGGAAUCUUUCAGUGGAAACCAAGUUGCGUGCUUCAGACAACAAGGAAGACAGCGCAGUCUUCAACGUCAAGGACACUUUCUACAUACUGUUCAACCCCUGGUGUUACGAGGACUACGUGUACCUAGAAGACGAAGAGAUGCUGAAGGAGUACCUGUUGAACGACAGUGGAAAGCUCUACCAAGGAAACUGGGACUACCCAACUGGAAAACGAUGGUAUUUUGGCCAGUUCUGCGAUGUGGUGUUACCGGCAUGCAAUUAUCUCUUCGAGCUCGGAGAAAUGACCGCCAAAGAUCGCUCUUCCCCUGUCUCAAUGGCGCGAGCCAUAGCGGCACUGGUGGAUGCGAAAGAUGAGAACGGCCUGCUCGUGGGUUCCUGGACCGGUAACUACUGGGACGGCGUCGCACCCACAGCGUGGUCUUCUAGCAUCAGCAUCCUGGAGCAAUACAUGAACACCGGUGGCGCUCCAGUCAUGUACGGACAGUGCUGGGUCUAUUCGGGGUUGGUCACAACACUGUGCCGUGCUCUCGGAAUCCCAUGUCGCUCCAUCACAAACUUCUCCUCUGCACACGAUACGGACGGAAACCUGAUCAUCGAACGCUACUUCGAUGAACACGGCAACCCUAUAGCUGGAAAGACCGAGGACUCAAUCUGGAACUUCCAUUUGUGGAAUGAGCUGUGGAUGGCCCGGCCAGACCUUCCUCCAGGUUAUGGUGGCUGGCAAGUCAUAGAUGCUACACCACAAACAAUCAGCGAUGGUCUCUUUCGUGUCGGUCCAUGCCCCGUGUCGGCCAUCUUCAACGGCCACAUUGACGUCGACUAUGACACCCGCUUUGUGUACGCUGAAGUUAACGGCGACUUCGUCAGUUGGAAAAGAGAUGCAGUCACGCGCCAGUUCCGACGGCAGCUGGACGAUACUGAGACUGCAGGAAUGUUGGUGUACACAAAAAAGAUUGGCGUGAUGACAGAACAAGACGUAGAAGAUGCUGAAGACGUUACUCCCUUGUACAAAGGGGCAAAAGUGAUCCUUCCAAAGAAACUAGAGGGCAUGUCGGGUGCGGCAAAGCUCUCCGACGUCGACAUGGCGAUGGAGAACGUCUCAUCGGUUCAGCUGGGGCAGCCAAUCAACAUACGCCUCACUCUUACCAACAAAAGCAAAGAGAAGCGUCACGUGACGGCCACCUUGGCUGCUGCAUCCAUGUACUACAGCGGCGGAACUUACAAAGGAAUUAAGAGACAGGUCUUCCAGGUGGAUCUAGAAGCCGGAGCUGCGGCAUCGCGUUCGUUGACCAUCAACCCGAAAGAGUACCAGAACAAGCUCGCGCCGUACAACAUCGUCAAACUGCUUGGCUCAGGCUACGUCGAAGGAUCUUCCGCCGAUGGCUGGACCAAGCAGCAGAGAAUCACCGUUGGAAACCCCGGCAUGACAAUUGAUGUUUCUGGACCAUUGACUGUGGCGAAGAACUUGGAGUACACUUUAAGAUUUACGAAUCCCCUGAAUACGCCACUGACUGACUGUAGCCUGACCGUCGACAUUCCUGGUGUGACUCAGACAUCUUCUACACAACGCGUUGCAGACAUUCCAGCCCUUGGAAAAUUCGAGUACACAGGCCACGUGAUCCCAAGGCGACCUGGAAACAAGUCAAUCUUGGCUGUGUUUAACAGUCGUCAAGUAAAGGACAUUCGUGGCACCAAAGAUGUCCGCAUCAGCUAGGUACUGCGUCAAGAGAACUCGCACACCGAACGUCCGACGAACGACCCGGCAACCGUAUCACGGCUCACUGGCUCCGGCAUCACCUCUCUGUAUUCAGAGAUAUCUAUAUAUUCUGGGGUUUUCAAUAAAUGGGUUACCACGCAAA